UAUAUAGAAAGAAUGCUAGUUAAUAGCGAUUUUAGUAGCAUACACAUUCUAGAAAAAAAAACAGAAAAAAAAACUACUAACACCUACAAAAAUAAAUGUUGUUUGUCUAUCAUAAAAAAUUAUCGCUAACUUCACACACGUGCUCGGCAGUGGGUAAGCAAAUACAAUUAGAUAGUGACACAUACUAAGCACAUACAAACAAACAACUACAUAGAUGAAUAGCUGUAUACGUUUAAUAUGAAAAUCGUUAGCUGUAAAGGCAGUUUUAGGCUGUCCAGUUAGACGGAAAUCGCUGCAAAUACACACAUGCAUACAUACAUACAUACAUAGUCACACGAUGUGUAAGAAAACGCGCGAGCGUAGUUGCAAAUAUAGUUAAGCACCUAUACGUACAUGUACUCGUAUAAGUGGAGAGUGUGGGUGUGUGUAGUGAAUUUAUGAACCUAGUGUCCGCGGCAUAUCAACCCUUUUCCAUAUAAAUAUUAGUUUUUUCUCUUAUUGAGUUUUGCUUUUAUUUUUAACGAUAACUGCUGUAAUUAUCAACACUUAUGUAGUCUAACACAACUCGCAUGCUCCUAUAAAUAUGUUUGUACACUUUCACACAAAACACUUAUACUUGACACUAGUGAUUAAAGAAAUAAUAAUUCUUAAUAUAAUAUAAAGUCGAGCUUAUUCGACAAGCUUAAGCUGCGUGAAUAACUGAGCUAGAGAGAGAGAGAAAGAAAAAAAUGCCUUUGAAAACUCUCAAUUGACUUCUGCUGUGGUCAGCUUACUUCAAAAAUUCAAAAGCAAAAUUGUUUGAUUUCUUAACUCGAUAUUGGCUCACUACUUUUUCAAGAUGAAUUUGAACUAUUUUGCUUUUGAAAUGAAGCAACUUGACUGUAGCCUCACUGCUUUGGUUCCUUUUCGUGUGUGUGGAAUACCUACUAAUAUUUUAUACAAAGAAAACAAAUGAAAAAAAUUAAAUUAAAAUUAUGUUUCUUUAUGCAAAUACUUGUAUAAUAAUAAUUCAUGUACACAAAAAAAUUUGUAUUCGUAGUCCCUGUAAUUUUACAGACUAACAUACAUACAUACGUACAUAUGCAUACAUACAUAUUUUGUUGUAUAGUAAAUAUAAUAAUUUUCAUUUGGCAAACAAAUUAUCUGCUUCUUUCGUUCAGUUAUUUGUAAUUAAAGCACUCGUGUUAAUUUUUCCCCCCGCCCGAUUACAUUAACUACCUAAAUUUAUGCGUUGAAAAUUUCCAAAAUUUUUGUAAAUCAGCAAAUGCAAAUAAUUUCGCCGCACAAAUCUAUGUUUUAUGUGUGUAGUCAUUUAUCGUAUAUGGAUUUUUCCCGCCCACCCACUCCAAUGCCUUUGAAUAAUGUAAAAGCCACGCUAUAUCACCUUAUAAUUUUAGCUAAAAACAAAAUUCAAAAUAAAAACUUUAUACAAAUUGAAUAUACUUGUAUUCGUAUAUGCAUACAUAUUUAUAUUUGCAAUAUUUAUUAAUUUAUAUGAUGUUCUUUUAUAUCCUCCUUUGCCACCACAUAUAUCUAAAAUUCAUUGCUACUAAACACACGUUAAUGCCAUGCUAUGCCAUGCCAUGCAAUCGGAACACUUUGCCAAAUAAAAAUUAUCAUCUCUUUAAAAAUAAAAACAUUACAAUACAAAACAAAACUUAUUAACUUCAACUCGAAACAAAAAAAAAACAUUUAUACGAAAAUUUUCAAUAAAAAAAAAAUUAACAAAAACAAAACACUUGCAUAUUCGAAACAACAUCAGAUUUAUGGCACUGCUCCCACAAAAAUGGAUUGAGGUAGAUCUAAAAACAUUAAGGGCUAUACGUGUGCUAAGGCCCUUGAAAUUAGUCUCUGGAAUUCCUAGUUUACAAGUAGUUUUAAAAUCCAUUAUCAAGGCAAUGGCGCCGUUACUUCAAAUCGGACUUUUGGUCUUGUUUGCGAUCGUUAUAUUUGCAAUCAUCGGACUCGAGUUCUAUUCGGGCGCUCUGCAUAAGACUUGUUAUAGUUUAGAAGAUCCAAAUAAAUCUGUUAAGGAAGGUGAAUCAGAGACACCAUGCAAUACGGAUAAUGUAACGGAUAAAGCGACUGGUUCAUUUGUAUGUAAUUAUAACACGAGUAUGUGUCUGGAAAAAUGGGAAGGGCCAAAUUGGGGCAUAACUAGUUUUGAUAAUAUCGGGUUUGCCAUGUUGACUGUGUUCCAAUGUAUCACCAUGGAGGGCUGGACAGCAAUACUGUAUUGGGUAAAUUAA